UGACUAGUUCAGUCGGUUGUUCACGUUCAAUUCGAGUUCAUUAAACCGUAUUUUAAGUAUUAAACAAUGAAUUGUGAAUAUUUAGAUUGUGCCGGACUCUAGCGAAUGAUAAUUAGCUAAUUAGCUAGGGGGACGAUCAACAGUUGUUAGUAGAUGCCAGAUAUACUCGGGAUUUUAUUAAAAUUAGAAAUGGGAAACAGAACGUCUAAACGGAAGAAUGAAAAUGCCCCGAAAAUGCCCCAGAGGAGGGAUUCGAGUGACUCGGGGGAUGAUGAUUAUUUCGAUCAGAUUUAUCGGGAGUGGGAGGACGAUGCGGAACUGAGGAUGAUGAGGAGGCAUAUUGAGCGGGAUCCCGAGGUCUUCAUCCUCAAUAAUCUCAUGAUGUCGGGACAAUUCUUCGAGAAUUUCGAAGAGGAGAUGUCGAGAAUUCGCGAGACACCUGUGUCUGUUCGCGAAGCGGAAAUGAACUCCCUUCUGCAUUCGCAGAAGCAUGCGCUCAUGCCGGAUGUAUUGCAGGAACAAGUGGCGAAUAAAGUGGACUUCAUCUAUGAGAGGCCGGGUCAGAUAUUCUCCAUCGAGCCACUCCAGCCGAUUCGGAUCUAUAUUGUUUUUAAUAAUAUUGAAGUUACAGAGGAGAAUUUUCCGUCUCCAUACUGCACUGUUGAUGAGACAGUUACUUACAGCAUGCAGUUGAAGCAGAGUAAACAUAAAGGUUACGCCCUCCUCCAAUGUCUCGAGGUGAACCCCUCCCGUAGGAAGACAGCCCCACCGGAAGAGCCGGCCGACAGCGACGUGGAAAGCCUCUACUACACCAACAGUAGCGCCUCAAAGCGCUCCGACAAGUCGUCCCCGGGAAACCCCUUCAAGUCUCCCGCCUCCGAGAGCUCAGAAGCCUAUUCAUCCCGCGACCUCUACGACUCCCAGACCUCCAAAAAGCCCGCAAGCCACCAAUCGCUGCAGAACCUCUCAAAAAUCCAGCAGACGCCGUCAUCGGGCAGUCCAGCUGAGAGCACGAGUUCUGGCUACCGCUCAGGUCAUUACACGAUCGACAGCGACAGCGACACUGGCUACGGCGGCCUCUACCCCAAAUCCUCGCGAUCUACCUCAGAAAUCCCGAAGACAUGCUUCAUCUACACGACGAACGACCAGAUCUACGGGACAAGAAAGGAGAAACGACAGAAGCUAAACCAGAAAGACCGAGUCAUCAGAGGAGUGAUUCACAGCCGAAUCUACGAGGUCUGGUACCUAAACUCUCGCAAAUUCAUGGACCACUUCUACGAGCACUUCACGAACGACCUAGCGGACACAAUGGGCUUCGACUCAAAAAUCCAGGACGAGCCCCAGGGGGCGAUAAUCUACCGCGACAAGCUUGAGCUGUUCGAGUCAACGACUUGUCUGAGAGACGAACAGUUCGCAAUCACUCCUUGUGUCUGGUCGACCUGGCCGGAGAUGGCACACGAGUGGCUUGAGCGGCCUCGAGCCGACUGGCCAGAGUACGAGAUGAUCGAGAAGAUCAAGGAGAGCGGAUGCCACCUGAUCCCCGAGGGCUACAGCUCAGAGAGAUCUAACAACGAUUUUCAGAGUCUCGAGUGGCAGGUGGUGUUCCCGGCGGCCGAGAGGUUCCUCGAGACCUGCAUGAGCCAUCCGCAGGUCAGGGUUUACGUGAUGGCGUUGAUCUUGCAGAAGACGUUUUUCAGACCAAUCGAGUCAGUCGUCGGGCUUGGGGGCGCGCACAUACGGAAUCAGCUGUUCUGGCUGAUCGAGGAGGACGACAGACCGGUCAGAUGGCUUGAGAGUCGAUCUGGGGAGAAUCUGCUGAAGCUGCUUAACUGCUUGUACAAGGCGAUCAGCCAGGACGAGCCUGUCCUACCGGAUUACUUCCUCAGGGAGAAGAACCUCUUCCAAGGGAAGAUCUAUCUGCUGAGGACGCAGAAGCAGCUGAAGCGGAUCAUCGAAAAUCCUGUGAUGUACGUUCUGCAUGCUUUGCAGAAUAUCAGGCACAGCAAGAGGUUUUUUCCGGUGAUGGAUUCAGCGAAGUUGCUGAGGAUACUGACGGAGGACGUGCUGAUGAUCAUCAAUCCGAGGAUUGCGGGGAAUGGUGUCGGCCUCGGAGUCGACGGAGAGCCGGAGUAUGGACCGGGGUAUGGGCUCUGGGAUAGUGAGAGGAAGAAGAAGGAGAGGAGGAAGGUGUAUGGGACGAGACCCGGCGUGAGGAAGAGUUUGAUUGAUGCCAAGCAGUCGGCUGAUCAAGUUGUGGAGAUUGAGGUUCGAUGUGCCGAAUUGGACCAGCGUAGACUCGACCUCGUCCUGAAUUUCUUCAUCCUCCACUUCAUAGAAGUAGCCGAGUGCUACCACGACUACCGAGCCCAGCCCCAGAAGACGAUGUUCGUAGAGCACGCGGAGAGGCUCUCAGUCUUGUUAUCAGAGAACUCCAACCACCGAGGCGCCGCCAGGACCUACCUAGAUAAACUCAAGGCCCUGAAGCGAAGGGUCAUGAGUUCAAAGCCCCAGAACGAGCCGCCGGCGACGCCUCAGAGGAACAGCGAUCGACCGAUCUCCACAGCCCUUCUCAAGGAUUGCUACGAAUCCCAAUCAAUCUCCGCUGACUCUCAACAAAUACUUCGGACUCCCACACCCGCACGAAGUUUCGAUCACAAAAAUGGGGAAUCAACGAGUGCUUGCAAGCUCGAUCCAGCCCCGGGGGGUCGCAAACAAGUGACAAUUGCGGUUGUCCACGAAGAUGAUUCCGAAGGCGAAGGUGUGGAAUUGAGAAAUGCUCAAGGACGUCAGGGGAAAUCGAAGACGAACCGGGUCUUAUCGCUCACAGAGAGUACGAAAUCUUCAUUCGCGGCGCAGGAUACUUAUAUUUAACGAUUGUACCUUUAAUCAUUACGGCACAAUUCAUUAUACCAUUUAAUUACGGCACAAUUUAUGACAGCAUAUAUCAUUACAGGAACAUUUCAUUACAGUACAGUUCAUCACAAUUGCAACGGAGCCAUCGCUUACCAUUUUUUUCAGAUGAUGUAGUACGAGCAAGAGUAUUACAAUGAUGAGGAGUCGUGUAAUCCACGCAUCACCAUAAAACCACUUUAGUCACAGGAUGCUCACGCAACUUAUUAAACAAAAAACCCUUAUGGUACAACAAUUUCUUGCCCCUCUGGCUCAAUACAAAAUGGAGAGGCAUUUCAAUAACCACACAACACUGAAUCCGUGCGAUAAAUGGCACGUGGCUAGGUACAUGAGUCCACUGCGAUUUAUCGCAGGUACCUCACCCCCCACCGUGAAUUUCUAUUCAAAGGAAAUACACAGAAAUAAACCACACACCAACAGAGAAAAUCAUCGUGUUUACUUUCAAAUGAGAAGAAAAUACAAACAGCCUCGAAUUUAUAUGUCAAUUGAUGAAUCCCGCAAUAAUAAAAACUUUCGUAAUGAAUUGUCCAUAUGAUGAAAAAUGCUAUAAUGAAUUGUCCCCGUAAUGACUUGACCAUAUGGUGAAAAAUGCUAUAAUGAAUUAUCCCCGUAAUGACUUUUUGUAAUGAAAUGUGCCGUAACAUUACACGACUGUAAUGAAUAGAGGUGAUACCAUAUUUAACGAAUAUUUGUACUAUUUCGUGAAUUUUGUAAAUAAUUACAUCAUAAUAAACGCAUAAAAUUUUUAGUUUCCAAUUCUCAA